GACAAAGUUACUCUCCAAUAGGGUAUAUGAAACUUUAUCGCCAAACAAACUGCAGGACAUUAAACACCGCAAGGUUCUGUUUCAAUGAAGCACAGCCAAUAAAAACUCGACACCCAGAACGGUGGCGAGGAGAAGGAAAAGCAGCAAGUGAUAAUGGUGGUGGGACACGUGGCACUUCCUUCUUUCAAUUCUUGCUUUCCUUCUUUGCAUCGACUUCGCUUCUCCAAACGCAAACCAUUUGCCGUUUUCGCUAUGAGUGAAGAUCCAAUCCGUGAAUGGAUUCUGUCGGAAGGCAAUGCAACCAAAAUUACAAGAAUUAGUUCUAUUGGUGGUGGCUGUAUCAAUCUUGCAAAUCGUUAUGACACUGAUGCUGGUACUUUCUUUGUUAAAACAAACAGGAGUAUCGGACCAUCCAUGUUUGAGGGAGAGGCUCUAGGCCUAGGUGCCAUGUAUGAGACCAGAACAAUCCGUGUACCUAGACCAUUUAAGGUUGGACCCCUGCCAACUGGUGGAUCAUACAUCAUUAUGGAAUUUAUUGAAUUUGGUGCAUCCAGAGGCAAUCAGCCCCUCUUAGGGAAGAAGCUUGCUGAAAUGCAUAAAGCUGGCAAAUCCCAAAAGGGUUUUGGAUUUGAUGUUGAUAAUACAAUUGGCAGUACUCCUCAGAUAAAUACGUGGACAUCAGAUUGGAUUGAGUUUUAUGGAGUGCAUAGAUUGGGUUACCAACUGAAGUUGGCAUUAGACAAAUAUGGCGAUUCAAGCAUUUACCAAAAAGGACAAAGACUGGUGAAGAACAUGGCACCUCUCUUUGAGGGCAUUGUCACAGAGCCUUGCUUACUUCAUGGAGACUUGUGGAGUGGGAAUAUCAGCUCUGACAAAAAUGGCAAGCCGGUUAUACUUGACCCAGCAUGUUACUAUGGGCAUAAUGAGGCAGAAUUUGGAAUGUCAUGGUGUGCUGGUUUUGGAGAAGCAUUCUAUAAUGCUUAUUUUGAGGUGAUGCCAAAACAACCAGGCUUCGACAAAAGGAGAGACCUUUACCUAUUGUAUCAUUACCUUAAUCACUACAAUCUCUUUGGUUCUGGAUAUAGAUCAUCUGCAAUGUCGAUAAUUGAUGACUAUCUGCGGAUCUUAAAAGCGUGACCACUGUAUCCAAAAGCAAUAGUUACAUGUGUGUACAUUAUUUUUUUGUUAGUUUUGAACAAUUUAUAACUCCACAAGUAUAUAUGUAAUGGUCUUUACAGCAAAUUUCAGCUGCAUUUGCAUACA